UCGCGUGCCGGUCGCGCGCGCGAUCUUUCACAAAGAGCGGCAGCUGACGCGCGCCGAGCCACAAGUCGAGUUGUGAACGUGCGUUCGCCGAAAACCGCAUGAAUCCGCGCAGCCGCUACAGUACCGGUGUCAGUCGCGCUGCUUGCCGAAGUUCAUUGCUUGGUGCGGUGUUGACAGGCUUGCGGACGGCGAGCCGCCCCUUGGAGUUACUCAGUCAUGAAUGAGCCGGUUAAGAAGAGCUACCUGCCCGUCGUGCAUAAGUGCCCGUGCCUGAAGAGCCACCCCGUGGUCAUGCCGCGUUCGUUCCCGGAGGAAGUGCACCAGCUGCGCUGCCAGGAGAGCGCCGAGGCGGGCACGGUCUCCAAUCUGAAGUUGCACGUAGGCAAACUGUUCCGGUCUUCGUCGGCGACGACCGCCAACGGUGCCGCGCCACCCAGCCCGUCGCCGCCCUCCAGCCAGACGUCCAUACCGCCCUGGAACCCGGCCAGGCGCAUCGUCACCUUCGUCUGUCUCGUGUCGCUCAUCUGCACCGCCAUCAUCGUCGCCGUCGUGGUCGCGGCCGUCCUCCUGUCGCGCCACAUCGCGCACCCGUCGCGGCAGCAGCAGCGUUACCGGCGGCUCAUGUCUGACGUCGCUGUAGACGUGGUGCCCAAGCCUCAGGACCUCGUCGACCGCACCAACACUAUCGUAGUGCACCGCAAGAACCCGACCGCGUGGCAGUCCCAGUCGCGUCAGCUGCGCUCGCUGCUGGACAGCUACGCCACUGAAGGCGGCGCCGGCUCCCGCUGCGAGCCCGGCGGCCGUUGUCCCUUCCCUGUGGGCUUGGUCAGCGACAACUGCAGCGCGGCGGACUUCUUCGGCUACCGGGAAGGCGCCCCUUGCGUUGCCCUCGUCUUCCGCCGCGCCCCGGACUGGACGCCGCAGCCACUGGCGCCCUCGGACCUCGCGUCACCCGCGGUGCCGGACGAAGUGCGUGAGGGCUACGACCCGGGUCUGCUGUACGUGACCUGCAAGAGCGAGCACAUCAGCAGGGACAUCGACAUCCGCUACUCGCCCUACCACGGGUUCCCACUUCGCUUCUUCCCGGCCACCCGGCACCCGCCGAUGUUGAUGCUGCACUUCCCCAACCCGCCGCUUCGCACCGAGAUAUGGGUCACCUGUCGCUUCUGGGCCAAGAAUCUCGACCAGUCCAGCAAUGGGAAGGUGACCUUCAAGCUUCUCGUCAUGUGAGUCCGCACGACGAAUAGUGUGAAUCUGGUGAGAGUUGAACGAUACCAUCCGCACCACUCCUCUCCACGUGGAGGACGGAGCCGUGGACAUGGUCCAUGGAGCGAUCACGUACCGGCCAUUGCUCAGAAGACCGUCGGGCUCUCCGUUUACCUCGGCAAGGACCAGUUCUAGACUUCUUGGUGCGUUGACGUGCGCGAGCUGUGAUCCUCCCGGAAGGUCAUGCGCGUCAGGACGCGAAUCUGCUCCUGCUGCUGAUGAAAGUGGCUCGUGGUCCCUGACGCGCUUGUGUAAAAAAGCGAGAAUCGAUGUUUACGCGGCUGCGUUGACGAUGUGGACAGUUACACUCAAGUGCCGAUACCCGUGCAUCGCACCCUUUAUCACUGGAUUCUGUCAAUGAACAGUCACUUGCGUUUUGUUCAUGUCAUCCUCAAGCAUUGCUUGCCGUUGCGGGGACUAAAGACGUUCUUGCUCGUGAACAAUACGGAAUGUGCGCACGAAUGUGUUGCAGUGCGUACGAAGUGCAAAAGCAUAACGCGUGUAGUCGUACUUUCAAACGCUCUAAAUGGCGCAUGUCUGCGAAGCAGAGGUUGCCCCAUUACCGUGUUUGUGUCUUUGCGUGACAGCGGCGUUUCUUGCUUUCUUUUAUUUAUUUAUUUUUCUCUGUCUUACGAAGGCGACUGCCCGUGCAGAAGAGAUACAUACAGAAGCAAAGCUUGGUAAAACAAUUUUCGAAAAUCACAGCCGCUAUUCCAGACAACGUCAUUCGCCCAAAACUGCCAAUGUGGAUUAUUUUUCUCGCUCAUUGCGACAGGCAUCACGCAGGCAUACGUCGAGGUAUCCCGAAGUUGAAGCAUGCUAGCACGGAUACCCCUACGCAUAUGUUGAAUAUCUCAAUCUUUCUUUGUUAAUUUAUUACAAGCGUUGUUCUGUUGAUUGUAGAUUAUGGCUGUGUAUUUUCUUUUUGGCGCGAUGCCAAUGUAAAUAUACCUUCUUAGUUUUCCUACGUCUUCAGACGUAUCUCGAGUGGCCGAGCUCAUUGUCUGAACCGCACAAUGCUGUAGGAACCAGCAGUGGAGGCACGGAACGUAUAUGUCUCCACAUCACAACACGGCGCCUUGAAGCGUCCCUGUGUUCGGUACAACUUCCACGACGUGAAUUCAGUUUGCGAGAGGUAACAAUAUCCGUGGCUGCAGGCGUGGUGAAGCCGUGCACGCUAUUUUUGUACGAAAAUGGGACCUAGUGAACGCACAGAAAAAAUUCUUACAUAUUCUAGUUUCCCUGCCGCAGUUUGUCACGAUUUUCUUUCCACUAAGCGUUCACAUUUCUACGCAUUCGUCGCCGUCAUUUGUCGUACACCGUUCACUGCAAGUGGUCCUAACUGCCUGUGCCUUGAAGGCCCGCCCAGUGAGUGUAAAAGCGCACCCGUCGUCACACUCUUCACUUGUACAUGUCUUUGUUAGCGAGAUGACCAAACUUUAUAAGAAAAAAAAAAAAACAUUUAUUUGCUCUUGAACUUACCCAGGAGUCGCAUAGAUGUUGCUCCCUAAUUUAAGAAAUUUCUCAAUAGAAAGCUCUUAUUAAGCUCAAUGAUGAUGAGAGUGAUGUUGAUGAACACCCGUUCACUUACAUUUAAGUGCACGUUAAAGAACCACAGGUGGUCAAAUUUAAUUCGGAGUCCUCAGUACGGCGUGACUCACGAUAAUAUUGUAGUUUUUUGCUCAUAAAGUUCCCGAAAUUAGGAUGGUGAUUGUGAUUAUGGAUAUGUGAUCGUCGUCUUGGAAACGUGAUGGUGGCACGAUCGUUCUUCAAAGUGUUGCCGUGCAUUUCAGUCACUAAAUAUAUAACUAGGAAAGCGCAGCGCUGUCUACCGUGUGAAGAAAACGCUGCCCAUCUUCAGUGAAUUAUGCGAGAAUGAGUUGAAGGAGAAACAUGCAUUCACUAUAAUGAUUCGAUUCAUAGCCAUGCGAUUUGUUAGUCACUCCUUCCACAGCUACAAAGCGCUCCGUAAUUUACGAUCUUUCUCUGAGGUAAACCGACUUAAAUCCCGUUAGUAAGGUUCAUGCUGUUCUUCCGUAAUAUAGUUGUGCUGAUUUUGUAUGUCUCGGAUGUCGCGAACAACAUGUUUACGAACGCUGUAUACUUUGUUUCCUUGACUGCAUUGUUCUAAUACGGAGUUAAUAGCGGCUUUAGGUUCAUCAGUGCGGCUUAUUCCUUUUACUUCUGUGCACUGUGCUGGAGGACCACGCGUUGUUUCUCUGGAAAUGAUUGUUGUGAAUCUAGUCCUGGUUGACGAGAAACGCACCUGUGUAUAAUGUUGGUGAAAGCGGCAUUAGCGCAUGCGCAGCGCUGUUGUACAAAGAGGAAAAAAGUUCACCAUACGUAUACAUAUUACGUGUCUUCUGCCAAGUGCUGUACUCGUUAAAUCAUUUAUUGUUUUUAAGAGCAAUAAAAUAAACUUUACAAUAAAAAA